AUCGCGUAAAUGUAUCUCUCAAAAAUGUACCAUCGACAGUUCUUUUUAUGUGUAAUUUUACUAGUUUUGCCUUUUAUAUCGUAUUCCAAAGAGGAUAAAGUUGAUAAAAGAAGGAAUGUUCUAGUUUUCAUCGGAGACGAUGCCGGCUUCGAAACUCAAGUUUACAACAACACAGUUUGCAGGACCCCGAACAUAAAUGCAUUAGCAAAACGCAGUGUGAUUUUCAGGAAUGGCUUCACCUCUGUUAGUAGCUGUUCUCCAAGUAGGUCAACGAUAUUGACAGGUCUUCCACAGCACCAGAAUGGUAUGUACGGCCUCCACCAUCAGUACCAUCACUUCAACUCAUUUGAUGAAGUCCAGAGCCUUCCUAUGAUAUUAAAAAAGGGAAAUGUACGGACAGGAAUCAUUGGCAAGAAACAUGUGGGACCUGAUAUGGUGUAUCCAUUUGAAUUUGCUUUUGAUGAAGAGAACUGCCAGCUGCUUCAAUGUGGCCGCAACAUCACCCAUAUGAAGGACCUUGCUCGAAAGUUUUUUGAAGGCUCAAAAAAUGAUUCACGGCCAUUCUUUCUGUACAUGGGUUUUUUUGAUCCCCAUCGUUGUAGUGGAAAUAAGUAUGGGCCAUUUUGUGAGAAGUUUGGGAACGGCGAGCCUGGAAUGGGAGUCAUCCCUGACUGGAAGCCCCUCUACUACUCCCCUGAGGAGGUGGUUGUCCCAUAUUUUAUACAAGACACCCCAGCAGCAAGGGAAGAGAUUGCCAAGCAGUACACCACAAUCAGCCGUCUUGAUCAGGGCAUAGGACUAAUCUUAGAGGAACUUCGCCUGGCAGGCUUUGAAGAGAACACUCUCGUCAUCUUUAGCUCAGAUAAUGGGAUCCCUUUUCCUGGUGCUAAGACAAACCUGUAUCAUCCUGGUAUGGCAGAGCCUUAUCUAGUUUCAUCCCCUUUUGCUCCUGAACGUUGGGGACAGAUAAGUGACGCUAUGGUGAGCCUCCUCGAUAUAGUGCCUACGGUGUUGGAUUGGUUUGGGAUCGAGUACCCCAGUUAUAAGAUUUUUGGGCCCAAUGAGGUGCAGCUAACAGGGAACUCUGUACUGCCGGUGUUAAAAAAAGAACCGACAUCCGGAUGGGACACAGCUUUUGCCAGUCACAACAUGCACGAGGUGACUAUGUACUACCCGAUGCGAGUUCUUCAAAAGAAGAAUCUUAAACUUGUCCAUAACCUGGCGUAUAAGAUGCCAUAUCCCAUCGCCUUGGACAUUUUUACAUCCGACACGUUCGGAGACCUUUUAAACCGCACCCGACGCGGGGUACCCACGGGAUGGUAUCGCACUCUAGAUCAGUAUUACUACCGGACGCAGUGGGAACUGUAUGAUUUGAACACUGAUCCUAAAGAACUGAAAAACCUGAUCGACAAACCCUCCUAUCAGAGCGUGUUUAAAGAGCUACGCCAGGAACUUUUGACCUGGCAGAAGAACACCGGCGAUAUUUGGAUUUGCUCACCCCAGGGAGUCCUGGUGGGGGAGAGUUGCGAGCCUAUGGACAAUGACGUUUAGGUAGGAGGGUCCAUUAGGGGGAGGGAGGGGGGGGGGUCUGAGUAUCUCGUAUCCUAUUAAUUUUUGGCUUAAAUGUCCCGUAUCCCGUUAAUUCGUGUGGUCUGUAUCCCUAAAGUUCAAUAUCCCGGAAUCUCUAUUUGAAAUAUCCCUUAUCCCGUCAGUUUUUUUACCCAAAUAUUCGGUAUCCGAUGACCCCUUAUGGGUUUUUUAUGGCAUGGGUUUUUAUAUCCCCCUGGUAUGCUUUCCUCCCAGGGAGAUACGACCCCGCU